AUGUCAUUGUUAAUAUAUAUAUUAUUAAUAGGAAUAAAUAAUAUUUAUUCGAAUGAAUAUUAUCAUUUAUCGAAAAGAGAAUUAAAUUCUAUUCGAAUUGAAAUAAAAUCUGUUCUAUGUCCAGAUGGACAAAGUUACUGUCCUGAUAAGGAAACAUGUUGUCUAUUGUCAUCAGGUCAAUAUGGAUGUUGUCCUCUUCCUGAUGCUGUUUGUUGUAAUGAUAAUGUUCAUUGUUGUCCAAGUGGUUAUACAUGUGAUGUUGAACAUUCAAGAUGUGAAAAAGGAUUUGGAAAUUCUGAUGAUGUUUUAUGUCCUGAUGGUGAAAUGUUAUGUUCUGAUGGUGAAACAUGUUGUCAAUUACAAACCGGAAAUUAUGCUUGUUGUCCAUUACCUGAUGCUGUUUGUUGUAGUGAUUAUAGUCAUUGUUGUCCACAUGGAUAUAAAUGUAAUAUUGAACUAAAUCGAUGUGAAAAAGGAAUAUAUAUUCAAUGGUUUAGAAAAACUUCAUCUUUUCCUUUAAAAAAUCUCUUAUUAUCGAAAUCAAUAUCUUAUUCUUCACUUAAAUUAAUUGUUAAUUAUUCAUUAUCAGAUGUUUCAACAGUAAAAUGUUCUAAUAAAAAAUCCAUUUGUCCUGAAGAAAUAAAUUGUUAUCAAAUAGAUAAACAAUUCUAUGAAUAUUGUUUAUAUCGUCAAGCAUUUUGUUGUUCAAAUAAAAUUGAUUGUUGUCAAAAUGGUUAUUCAUGUGAUAAAUCAGAUUUAAUAUGUAUUAAAAAUUUUAAUUUAACUAAGAAAAAAGAAAUGAAAAAUGAAAGUUUAAAUAAAUGUGGAUCGUCAAAUAAAUAUUGUCCAUUUGAUCAAACUUGUUGCAAAAUUUCUCAAUCAAAUUCGAAUAGCUAUGCUUGUUGUACUUUUUCACAUGGUGUAUGUUGUGAUGAUGGUCGACAUUGUUGUCCAAAUGGCACAAUAUGUCAUUAUAAGUCUGCUUCAUGUAUUAAACCUUAG